AUGGGUACAGCUGCCUUCGUUUCGGGUGCUACUGGAUUUAUUGCUCAACAUAUUAUCAAGCAAUUGCUUGAAAAGGGGUAUAGUGUAGUUGGUUCUGUUAGAAAUGAAUCAAAAGGUGAAACUUUGAAGAAAAACUUUGCAACUGACAAAUUUAGCUACGAAAUAGUAGAAGAUUUGGAAACUGUUGGUGCCUUCGACACUGCUUUGAAGAAGCACCCAGAAGUCACCAUUUUCCUCCACACAGCUUCUCCAGUUACAUUUGACGUAGAGGACAAUGAAAAGGAUAUCAUAUUACCAGCUAUUAAUGGUACUGUGAAUGUGUUAAAGGCUAUCAAGGCUACUGCACCACAAGUUAAUAAAGUUGUUAUCACUUCUUCGGUAGCUUCACAGCGCACGUUUUCUAACCCUUCGGCUCUUGUCUCUGAAGACACUUGGAAUGACAUUACCUAUGAACAAGCUAAGAGCGAUUCUGUUGCUGCUUACUAUGGCUCGAAAACAUUUGCUGAAAAGGCAGCAAUUGAAUUUGUUAAGAAUGAAGAGCCACAUUUCACAAUUUCUACGGUUCACCCUGUAUUCGUUUUUGGACCACAAGCAUUUGACCUGGAAGCCAAGGGAGAAUUAAACGUUACCAAUACUUUUAUAAGUGGAUUAUUAAAAUUGAAGGAAGGAUCUGAUGCCUCCGUUCCAACUAAUUCAGGUACUUUCAUUGAUGUCAGAGAUGUAGCUGCUGCUCACCUUAUUGAGAUUGAAAAGCCAUCUAAUGGCUUGAGAGUACUCGUUAAAAAUGUAGAUUUCAAUAGUCAGUCCUUAUUGAACAUAAUUAACAAGAAUUUUCCUGAAUUAGGACUCAUUAAGGGGGACCCAGAAGCCCCUGUUGAUAAGAAAAGAAUUACUGAUGCCAAAUCGAGAGCAUACUUGGGAGUAAACUAUAUUGAUAUUGAAAAAUCUGUCGUCGACACAGUAAAGCAGUAUGUUGCAGCCAACAAAUUAGGAUGA